GGGCGUGGCUAGCGGUGCUCGGCGGGGCCGGGCCCGGCGGGGGAAGGAGGAAGCGGCGGCGGCGGCGCCGGGCCCGGGCCCGGUACCAGCGGCCAUGGAGUUCCCCUUCGACUUAGCACCGGUGCUGGGCGACCGGUUCUGCGUCGUGGACCAGCACCUGCGGCCCGCGGGGCGGCCCGGGCCCGCCCAUCGCGGGGACCUGGAGCAGCAGCUGAGGACGGUCAUUGAUGAGCUGGGCAAGGCCUCGGCCAAGGCGCAGGGCCUCCCGUCCCCCGUGACCAGCGCCACGCGCAUGGAGAGCAACCGCCACGUGCUCUACAUCCUGCGCGACACCGAGGGCCGGGGCCCCCCCAAAGGCGCCGUCAUCGGCUUCCUCAAGGUCGGCUACAAGAAGCUUUUCCUCCUGGACCGCUCCGGUGCCCACAACGAAGCGGAGCCCCUUUGUGUGCUCGACUUCUACAUCCACGAGUCGCUGCAGCGCCACGGCUACGGCCGCGAGCUCUUCCACCACAUGCUGCAGAGCGAGAGGGUGGAGCCCUGGCGCUUGGCUGUGGACAGACCCUCGCAGAAGCUCCUGGCUUUCCUGCACAAGCACUACGGGCUGGUCGAUGCCAUCCCCCAGGUGAACAACUUCGUCAUCUUCGAAGGCUUCUUCUCCAACCGCCCCGCGCCCCCCCCCCGCCGCCCGCCCCCCAAGCGCCCCGAGGAGCAGAUCAAACCCUACUCGCUGUCAGAGCGUGAUUUCCUGCGAGAGGAGGCGGAGCCUCCGUGGCCCUUCAACCUGAGCCCGGGCCGGGCGGGGGGGUCCCCGCUGCGGGGCAGCCUCCGGCCCUUCCUGCUGCGCCGCGAUGGGGGGGGGCACCCCGACAGCGCGGCCCCCCCGCGCCGCUCCAGGUGGGUCCAUCCCGCUGCUCCUUUAUCCCGCUGUCACUGGGGUGAAUCCCGGUUUUCACCCCUUUUCCUCUCUCCCUUCGCUCUUUUCUUCCCCCCCCCCUUUUUAUAUCCCCCCCCCCAUACCCCCCUUCCCCUGCAGCUCGCUCGGGCGCGUCGGCCGCUGAGCCCCACAGCAGCUCCCCCCCCCCCCCCCAUGGCAGGGCCGUGGGGGGGCUUGUGGCUGCUGGGGGGGGGCCUCAGAGCCCCUAUGGGUGCCCGUUCCUUGCCCCACAGCUCCAGUGGGGUGCGUGUCCCUGCCCUACAAUGUUGUCUUCCUGCCCCAUAGCUCCCUGGGGGUGCCUGUCCCUGCCCCAUAGGUGCCUGUUCCUGCCCCACAGGUGCCUGUCCCUGCCCCAUAGGUGCCUGUUCCUGCCCCACAGGUGCCUG